UGGUUGUUGUAGUUUAGCUCUUUACACAUUUGUUCUGCUUCUGCGCUGUGCUGUGUAUUGACAGACUCCAGCACGAACACUUCCGGGAAGAUAGUGUGACUCAGACUGCAUUAAGGACUUCCAACUGUUUAGGGGAAAAAACAGGCGACAACAUGUUUUCCUUCAACAUGUUUGACCACCCAAUACCACGGGUUUUUCAGAACCGAUUUUCCACACAAUACCGCUGCUAUUCUGUUUCCAUGCUGGCUGGACCCAAUGACCGCUCUGAUGUAGAGAAAGGAGGGAAAAUUAUAAUGCCUCCGUCUGCCCUAGAUCAGCUAAGCAGAUUGAAUAUCACCUACCCCAUGCUCUUCAAGUUAACUAACAAAAAUUCCGACAGGAUGACACAUUGCGGUGUUCUCGAGUUUGUAGCAGAUGAAGGUAUUUGCUAUCUCCCACACUGGAUGAUGCAGAAUUUGCUUUUAGAAGAGGGAGGUCUGGUGCAAGUGGAAAGUGUCAACCUUCAAGUUGCUACAUAUUCCAAAUUUCAACCCCAGAGCCCAGACUUCUUAGACAUCACAAAUCCCAAAGCAGUAUUGGAGAAUGCAUUGAGAAACUUUGCUUGUUUAACCACGGGUGAUGUAAUUGCCAUCAACUACAAUGAAAAGAUUUAUGAACUUCGCGUCAUGGAGACUAAGCCAGACAAAGCUGUAUCCAUUAUAGAAUGUGACAUGAAUGUGGAUUUUGAUGCUCCGCUCGGUUACAAAGAGCCAGAAAGACAUGCACAACAUGAAGAGGCAACGGAAGCGGAACCAGAUCACAGUGAAUACGUAGCAGACAUAGGGUUUAGGGCCUUCUCAGGAUCUGGCAAUAGAUUGGAUGGGAAGAAAAAGGGGAUUGAUCCCAGUCCUUCACCGUUAAAACCAGAGGAUAUCCGCAGAGGAAUUCCUAACUAUGACUUCAAGAUUGGCACAAUUACUUUUAUUAGAAAUUCACGGCCACUAGCAAAAAAGGUAGAAGAGGAUGAUUCUAUUAAUCGGUUUAUUGCAUUUUCUGGAGAAGGACAGUCCCUGCGGAAGAAAGGCAGAAAGCCUUAGAAUGAUUGUGCAAGAAGAAAAUAAAAUGAUGCAGCUUUAUUGGGUUGUAUUUCUUCAUGUGGAGUGAGAAAAAACUAUCUUCAUGCACUUCAUUUGGAUUGCUGUUAUUUACAAGCCUUGGGCUGAUUUCCCACAUGCAUAUCCCCUUGGGUUCUCCAAUAGCUGCACUAUGCUCCCAGGAUUAUCGGCAUCAUCAUGCGGCCACUAGAGAACACAUGGGGGCAUAGUUUCAGUUGCAUGCAUUCACUAACAUGUGAAGACGCAACAUCGAGGUGUUGGGGAGGUUCUGACAAACUUGACAGCCUUACCCAGGUUUCGAAUCCAAUUAAACUAACAUCAGUGUUUCCCAGAUAGGCUGAAAAUGACUGAUGCAAGGUACAACAAAAAGUAUAAGUGUAUUACAAGUAAAGGCUUUUUUGUCCCAUCAUUUUCAAUUUACUUUGGAAGUGUUUUUGGUAUAUGAUUCUUAUAUUUAUAGCUGUAUGCAAUUCUUUAAAGUUUACUAUGCUGAGCAGCAGAAUAGAAUUUUAGAAAAAAAAAAUGAGCAGGGGACUUAAAAGAGAAUACCCAUUUUAGGCACUUAUGCCAUAUUAAAAAGAUAUGCCAUAGAUCAGUGUUUCUCAAGUACCCCCAAAAGGUCAUGUUUUCAGGAUUUGCUUAGUCUUUCACAAGUUAUAUAACGGUGGUGAUGCCUGAUUCACUGACCAUAAUUAUAUUACUUGUGAAAGAUUAAAGGAGUACUCCGGUGCACACUUUUUUCAUUUUAUCCCUUCCGGGCUGCAAAAUAAAAGA